AUGACUAGUAGUGUGCCUUCUGAUGUGCUUGGUCGAAGAAUCCUGUGUGAUACAGAAUAUGCAACUGUGCGGUAUGCUGGUAGUGUUCCUCCCACAACAGGACUUUGGCUUGGAGUAGAAUGGGACAAUCCUCAAAGAGGAAAGCAUAAUGGCAGCCAUGAAGGAGUACAGUAUUUUAAAUGCGGUCACCCUACAGGAGGAUCCUUUAUCCGCCCAAACAAGGCAAAUUUUGGUGUGGAUUUUCUUACUGCAGUAAAGAACCGCUAUGUAUUGAAUGAUGAGCAAGAUGUUGAAUGUGAGAAAGAGAAUGCAUUAGUCAUUGGAAAGAAGACUGUGGAACUUGUUGGUUUUGAUUCUAUUAUAGAACAACAAAGUCAACUGAACAAAUUGGUAGACAUCUCAGUGAGAGAAUGUGCAGUGAGCCAUGCUGGUCAGAAAGAGGAAAUCAGCAGAACGUGUCCUAAUAUCAGGAGUAUAAAUCUAUCAAAAAAUCUGUUGCCAUCCUGGGAGAAAGUAACAGAUAUUGCUUGUCAAGUUCAGAAUCUGGAAAGUCUUGAUCUCAGUGAAAACAAGAUGAAAUUUCCAUCUGAUUCUGCUUCUAUAACCUGUACACUUGGUAAAUUGAGGGUUCUGGCACUUAAUCGAACUGGAGUAACAUGGGCAGAGGUUCUUCUGUGUGCUCCGGGGUGGCCAGCACUUGAAGAAUUGUACCUUGCUUCUAAUGAUAUUACAGUUUUAGAAAGACCCAUUAAUGUUCUACAGACCUUGAAAUUGUUAGACCUUUCAAACAACCAAUUAAUUGAUGGAAGUCAACUGCAGCUAAUAGCAUAUCUCCCCAGAUUAGAACAACUAAUUCUUUCAAACACUGGAAUUUCUUCUAUACACUUUCCUGAUGGUGGAUUUGGAUGCAAGACUAAAAUGUUUCCUUUAUUACAACGUCUUGCAGUAGAUGACAAUAAAAUAUCACAAUGGUCAUUUAUCAAUGAGCUUGAUAAGCUACAAUGUUUGCAGUCACUGCACUGUCAGAAUAACCCUUUGAUGGGCACAGAGAAGAGCCCAGAGACCGUGAGGCAGCUUAUCAUUGCCAAAAUAGGCCAAUUAAAGGUUCUGAACAAAUCUGAGAUCUUUCCUGAUGAAAGAAAGGGAGCAGAGCUUGACUAUCGCAAAAUGUUUGGCAAUGACUGGAUAACGGCUGGUGGAAAUCAGAAUCCAGACAAAAACAGACCAAAUGAGGAAUUUCUUGCUGCUCAUCCUAGGUACCAGUUACUCUGCCUUAAAUAUGGUGCUCCUGAAGAAGGUGAACUGAAACGACAACAGCCUUUCAUUCUGAAAAAUCAGCUGCUAACUUUGACAAUUAAGUGUCCGGACAAACCUGAUCAGAAACCUAUAGAGAAGAAACUACCAGAUUCUAUGACUAUUCAGAAGGUCAAAGGCUUGCUGUAUCGUCUACUUAAAAUUCCUGGUUCAGAACUGAAAUUGUCCUACGAAAGUUCUAAAAUGGAAGGCAAAGAAAUUGAACUAGAAAAUGACCUAAAGCCCUUGCAGUUUUACUCCGUAGAAAAUGGAGACACUAUGUUAGUACGGUGGUAACUUUUUUUUUUAACUGGUCUCUUCUGAAGAUGCACAGUGCUGUUCAGCCCAAGCCUACCCCAGGAGAGCAUCUACAAUUUCUGUCCACUCUUCCUGUAUGUAUUUAAUGUGGAUUUCAUAAACAGGGACAGAGGACUAUUUAACUCCUGCAUGUAUAUUUUCAAUAAAUUAGUACCUGUGAGUUCGUUAGAGGUGCAUAAUUCCCAGAUUAAAUGGAAUAUUAGCAUGCAGUCUUAUGCUGCACUGGUGAGAAUUUCUAUAGAAGAAUCAGUUUUAAACAGACCCACACAUUUAUUUUACUCAGAACGUGUAAUCUAAAAUCUCAUGUGAUAUUUUCAUUUGUAAUACCUGCAAGCAUAAAGCCACAAGGACAACUGCUGUUGCACUAGAAAAGGGCACUUAAACUCUGCUUUAAGGGAGAGAGGAAAUAAUUUAAGGAAUACUUCUAAGGAAGUCUUUGAGAAAGGAACAGAGCUUUAUAUAGAGAGGUACCUAGAUAGGUGUGUGGAAAGUUUAGAUCAGUAUUAUCUCCUUGUUGCUGUAUCCUAUUUACACAUCUAUAGGGGAAAAAAUCACAGUUAAGAUUAAGCUGCUGAAUUGGAGGAUUUAUUCAAAAUAGCUCUGCAAUAUGCUGACAAGUUAUGCAGUUUAAUGGAUAUUCUCCGGAUGUUGCUCAAACUUUUUUUUCUAGUUAUCAGACAGAUGCAAAUUCCUUUGAAUCUGGUUAUAUUAUUUGCUGUUGUUCAAGAUUUGGUAUAAGCAAAGUUUGAUAUCUUGCAUCAUAAUCUCAUCCAAAUCGCUAAAAAGUAUACACAAACUCAAUAUAAAGCCUAAAAUUUAACUAUCCCAACCUCCCCCUCCCCCCCCAGUUUGCGGUUGUGGAUUACAUUAAUCCUGUAAAUGGAUGUGCUGGCAUGGAACCUUGACUCAUGUAUAGCAGUGGUUCUGCAUUAUCAUCAUCCUAAUACACAUUUCAAACAGGCUAGUUGGAAUUCAUAUGUGCAUUAAUUACCAAUAGUCCUUUGACUUUAUAAAAAAGGAAGUUGACAAAACCAAACACCUCGCCUAUAGAAAAAUGCUACUCUGGACAGCAUCAGUCCAUUUUUAUCAAAUAUUAAUUACAUUAUA